ACUUUUGUCCCACAGUUGCGUCACGCACCACGGUUGUGUUCCGUCAUGUCAAUAUCACGUCGGUGUGAAUUACAAUACUUUAGGACAUUUCGCCGACAGUUAGCGGUUAUACUUUGAAGAACGCACACCGAGCGCCUGCUUUUGCUACGCUUUACGUUAGAAAGAGGUUAAGUUUUUGCAAGGUCCCGCUACAAAUCAAAUUCCUUAUCCUUGCGCGAAUUUGAUAUUGUAUCAAGAUAAAAUUACGAAGAUUACCUCGAGUAAAACACAAAUGUUUAUCAUGAGACGGUGCCUUAGUGUGGGUCUUCGAACGACCCUGUCUCUGCUUCAAGAGAACGUGAUAAGCAUGCAAAGUCUCGGUGCUCCUUUGCUCUCGAUCAAGAGAAAUAUGCUGACAAGAAAGUCGUCCUCGGUCGAGUACAAACCGCCCGUGGUACACGACAACACAGAGGAAGGAAGACUGUUGAGAGACCAGCUCAAGGGAAAGUUGCAAUUGGCCUUCACGUGCAAAAAAUGUAAUUCCCGGAAUCAUAAAAUUAUCACCAAGAAAGCCUACGAGAAGGGCGUAGUCAUUGUUCGCUGCGAGGGCUGCAAAAAUAAUCACCUUAUUGCUGAUAAUUUGGGAUGGUUCCAAGGCAGUGGGCCCAAAAAUAUUGAAAAGUUACUCAAAGAAAAGGGAGAACACGUUCGAAGAAUCAGAGACGACAGCGAAGGAUACUUUGAAGUGCUCGCUAAUGAGGAGCUGAAAAUGAUACAACAAGCCAUGAAAGAAGUUCGUUCAGAAUCCUCAGAAACUCCAAAAGAUCAAGAACCAGAAAUACACAAACUUCAAUACGAAAAAGUUGGUCAAGAGCAAAAGUAAUUGAAAGUAUAUUGUACAUUAUCAAUGUACAUUAAUAUGACUAGUAUUAUAACACUAUUAUAAUACUAGCCUUAUUGAUAUGUAAUUAAUAUGACUAGUAUUUUUUAUAAUUGUAAGAUGUGGUACGUCUGUAGAGAUUUUAUAUAUUGUAACUAGCAUGUGAUGAGGACUGAUUGAUUUAUAAACAGAAUUUUUAAUAAAAGUUGUCAAUGUUAUAAAAAAAACUACAGGAGAAUGUAAGUUAUUUUUUCUAAUGAUACCUUUCACAGUACCUAUGCGAUAAAGCUUGCAUCGUUUGCCUUGUGUUUUUCAGACAAAUAAGAAACUUAUUAAUAGAUUUAUAACUGUAAUAUUAAUAUAUGAAUUAAAUUUACUUUUUCAAACAAAA